ACACCGCAUGCCGUACGGGCCGGGCCAGGCCACUCAGUCAGUACGACAGUUGAACGCACGAAGCGCGACGCGUGCGCUCAUCCCGUGUACAUACAUACACAAACUACAUUCUUUAAAUUGAUUCUAGUCAAAAUGUAGUUUCGUAUAUUUAUUGUUAAUGGAAAUAUUACACAGUGAAAGUGAAAUUUUGUGAUAUUUUGAUAAAUUUUGUAACUCUUACGCGCUACGGUCCAAAGAACAAUGCUGUGGGAAAAAAUAACGUACAGCUGGCAUCGGCACUCGUUCCCAGCUACCUACCUAACCUCUCUCCCCCCUCGAGCCGGGUGCCGGGUUCAAUGCGCCUCUCUGCGUUUAUUCAUCGUUUGUGGGAAAAGUUGACCCCCGUUUUAAAAAUAUUGUUAACGAAUUCACACGAUUUGUGUUACAGUGACUACUGUAUCUUUGAUGAGCAAUUUUAUGUGAGAAGUUGAAAGUUUUACGAGAGAAUAAUUAUGUCUGAAUUUUUAAACAAUAUAGGUACUUAAUUUUUAUAAUUAUUUCAAAUGUAUUUGAUGGAGAUUAUGCGGCACCUAAUUAUGUGAUACAGAAGUAUCUACUGAUAAAUUUGUUUUUACGCGCAAGAUUUCAAGGUUGCUUGCAGCAUUCCGGAGAACUAUAUUAUUUGCUGUGAGUUUUGUAAUGUUUGUCGAGUUUCAACAUCGUCAAAAUUUUAAUAUAAUUGUACCUACUAGAAAUAAUGUUCUUAUAUCAGAAGAGGACAUGAAGACAAUACUGUAAUACCGAUUAGGCAACACGUUUUGUGCUGAUGAAUCAAGUUAUGAAAUAGACGUUAGAAUCAAAAGUCUACCAAUGGCAUAGUGACAUACAGUGAAUGUUGCAUGAUGACGUGUAAUCAAAGUGAUUAAAUUAUUAAUUGUGAAUGAAGUGCCUUAAUUAUUAUUAGUGAAUGAAGUGGUUGUCUUGAAGGCAGUUCCGAGAUUCAGGUUACAGGAUGGGUAACCAAGGAUCAUCACCUCACGAGCCGCUGGAUCGAGCGCAAGCGGCUCCGAACCCCGACCUCAAAAUGAAGUCGUCAGUUCGAAGUUCUCUGAGAAGGGCGCGCGCGGGCGCAGCACUGUCGCCUCCGCGCGCCGGCAUGGAGAGGCUGCGUCGGUCGUUUCGCGAGUCGUUCCGCCGGCGCAAAGGAUCGCCGCCGGAGUCUGCGCGCCCGCAUCAGUGGCACGCAGACGAGGCGGCGGUCCGCGCCGGUACCUGCACCUUCCCCGUGAAAUACCUCGGCUGCGUCGAGGUGUUCGAGUCGCGGGGUAUGCAGGUCUGCGAAGAGGCGCUUAAAGUGCUUAGGAACUCCCGUCGACGUCCGGUGCGCACUGUACUGCACGUAAGUGGGGACGGUCUACGAGUAGUUGAAGAGGAAACCAAGGGGCUCAUUGUGGAUCAGACUAUAGAGAAAGUAUCAUUUUGUGCUCCGGACAGAAAUCAUGAAAGGGGUUUUAGCUACAUCUGUCGCGAUGGCACGACGCGACGUUGGAUGUGUCACGGCUUCCUGGCGUCGCGCGACAGCGGCGAGCGACUGUCACACGCAGUGGGUUGCGCGUUCGCCGCCUGCCUCGAGCGCAAGCAGCGCCGCGACAAGGAGUGCGCAGUCUCUAUGAGCAUCGACGCCGCCAGCCACGCUUUCACACGACAGGGGUCCUUCCGCAAAUCCGGUAUCGGGCGGCGCGUGUCGGAGGCUGACGCAUCGCCGCCACCGCCGCCGCUGCCGCCGCCGAGCGCGGCGCCGAUCGCGAGCGCGGUGGCGCGCCCCACGCCGCACAAUCCGUUCGCUGUAGAGCGGCCGCACGCCGCGCCCCAUCUACUCGAACGACAAGGCUCGUUCCGAGGAUUUGCUCAUCUUAAUAAUAGUUCUCCAUUCAAGCGCCAAAUGUCAUUGCGUAUAAGUGAAUUGCCUUCGAACCUGGAGCGGCAGCGUGCUGGGCUGGGCUCCCCACCGCGUACUAUUGGACCGCUACAGAACGCCUCUCCCGCGCCUAGCCCUUUGCCGGACCUCGCCCCUCUCGAGACGUCGCGUACGGAAGCGGACCCGGUGGCGGCGAUGUGCCAGCAGCUGUCGCUGGGGCUGCGCGCGCUGACGGAGGAGGCCGUGCCGGCGGCUGUCCCGGCGGUCGUGCCGGCCGCGGUGCCGGCCGCGGUAGUCGCGGCGCCUCUGCCGCACCCGGACGCGUGGCUGGGCCGCGUGGCGCGCGCUCCGCCGCUCGCGGCGGCCGGCCGCGCCGCCUCCUACGCCGGCCACUCCGUCGUCUCCACCAACCCGUUCCUCGCGCCCGCACUGCCGCAACCCUCGCAGCAUCCCACGCCCGCUGCGCACUUUUAGAACGUAGUGGUGAAAAGGAAGAAUAUAACUCGUUAUUGUCUAAAACCUGAGCACGACCGAAAUACGGAUAAAGCCGGCGCCAGACGUUAUCCCACGUCUAUCGAAUCAAUUGAUCGAAAUAUUCCAAGUUCCAAUGUGUUCACAGUGGUCUACACUUUUGGUACAACAGUACUGAAUGUGUACUGUAAGUGUUUAUAUGUAAGGCCGGACAGAGGCGACAUGUCAAAGGAGUGAUAAAGAUCUUAAAAAUUUAAGAUGUGUCUGGCGCCGGGAUAAUAAAUGACGGGUCUAUCUGAUCGAUGUAAUUAUGAUUGAGGCACAACUAUGCCGUAACUCGACGCUGAUUCUUAGACUUUCUUCAC